AUGGCUUGUGCAACUUUAAAACGUUCGUGGGAAUUUGAUCCUGUGCAUUCCCCGGGUCGUCCAAAUAAAAGACCCAGAUGCACACCCAUGUGUGUUUCUCCAACUUCUAGUAGUCCACCACCUGCCAAAAAAUCUAUUUUUGAUGCUCCAAAAAUGACUCCAGAUGAAAUGGCUGCUAGUAUUCGCCAUGAAAUUGAGAGAUUAAAACGUAAAGGACAUCGUAAUAUUGAUCAUGGAGCAUCUAUGAGCAUGAGUCCUACUCCCAGCGAAGGUUCAAAUUCAGACUCUGAGGGAAUGCCCAUGUCACCAGAAUAUUCUCAAAAUGAUGGCUCAUUAAACCUUAUUAAUAACAUUAAAAAAGAUACAUUAUUUACCUACAAGCAGGUUCAUCAAAUAUGCUCUCGUAUUGUGAGAGAAAGAGAAGAUCAACUUAGGCAAGAAUAUGACGAAAUUCUCAAUAGCAAAUUAAGUGAACAAUAUGACACCUUUUUAAAAUUUUCCAGAGAUCAAAUUCAACGGCAUUUUUCUCCAGAUAAUACACCUAGUUUUGAAAUUUCAAUGUCAUAA